AUGCCCAUUAAACAGCAAAUUCAACUGUCAGCAACUCUGAAUGCAAUGCAAACAGAGAUGGACUUCCUUGACUCCUCCUUCUUCACCAAAGCAGGUCAUAAGAGCUUGCCAACUGCUGCAGAGGUUGGCUCCCUCUCAGAACAGUUCAACAAACAUCCACGGCCUGCACCAGUUAAAUUUGAGCAUCUAAAUCUUCUUGUCAAGUUUGGGCCAUCUGUUGCAGUUGAAGAAGCCCUAACUCUUCGCAUGCUUCGAACCUCUUUUGCUGAGAAGAUACCUGUCCCAGAGGUGUAUGGUUGGAGAGUUUAUCAAAAUUCUGUGUUCAUUUAUAUGGAGCUUAUUCAGGGAGAUACACUUUAUGAUCGAUGGCAUUCUCUCAAUGAGCUGGAUAGGAACUUUAUUUGCAGCCAGUUACGGGAGAUUAUUUCUUCUCUUCGGCAAAUUGAGCCAGAUCCUUGCAACUCAUUUAUUGGAUCCAUCAACCACACACGUUUGCACGAUUAUGUCUUCGCAACCAUCCCUCAAUCAGGACCUUUUAAAAAUGUGAAAGCAUUCAAUGACUGGUUUUCUUCUCUGCCUCAAAGCUGGCUUCCUGAUUCGAAGAGAUAUCGGGAUCCUUAUCGAGACUAUCUACCAGAUGAUGGAGCCAUCAGAUUGACUCAUGGAGACUUGCAUCGAGGUAAUAUUCUAAUUUCACAAGCUGAUCGCCCACGUGUCCUUGCUGUAGUUGAUUGGGCUCAUGCUGGCUGGUACCCAGAGUACUGGGAGUAUUGCAAGGCCUUAUACACAUCAGACUAUAAGGGGGAAUGGCGCAAUGUUUGGGUUCCCAAAUUCUUAACUGCGUACGAGCCUGAGUUUGCUGCUUUUGGUGAAUAUGUGCUGCAGAUUGGGGCAGUAUAA